UGCCCCGGGAGCACAGUGGGCUGUCCCCUCCGGGACCCUCACCGCGCACCCCGCCGUCCCUCGUUGCGCCCAGUCCCUGAGCGCCAAAGCGCCCCCACGCGAGGGAGGCUGCACCUGGAGCCACCAUGCCCCAGAACGUGGUCCUCCCGGGCCCUGCGCCCUGGGGCUUCAGACUCUCGGGGGGCAUAGACUUCAACCAGCCUUUGAUCAUCACCAGGAUCACGCCAGGAAGCAAGGCAGCAGCUGCCAACCUGUGUCCCGGGGAUGUCAUCCUGGCAAUUGAUGGCUUCGGGACAGAGUCCAUGACUCACGCCGAUGCUCAGGACAGGAUUAAAGCAGCAGCACACCAGCUGUGCCUCAAAAUUGACAGGGCAGAAACUCGCUUAUGGUCUCCCCAAGUAGCUGAAGAUGGGAAAGCUCAUCCUUUCAGAAUCAACUUAGAAUCAGAACCACAGGAGUUCAAACCCAUUGGUACCGCGCACAACAGAAGGGCCCGGCCUUUUGUCGCGGCAGCAAACAUUGAUGACAAAAGACAGGUAGUGAGUGCUUCCUAUAACUCGCCAAUUGGGCUCUAUUCAACUAGCAAUAUACAAGACGCGCUUCACGGACAGCUGCGGGGUCUCAUUCCUAGUUCACCUCAAAAUGGAUGCAGCACUCCAUCGGGCUUUGACUGUGCCAGUGGCCGUAGUACCCCUUCUUCUGUCAGUACUGUUAGUACCAUUUGCCCAGGUGACUUGAAAGUUGCUGCUAAGAUGGCCCCUAACAUUCCUUUGGAAAUGGAACUUCCUGGUGUGAAGAUUGUACAUGCUCAGUUUAAUACACCUAUGCAGUUGUACUCAGAUGACAAUAUUAUGGAAACACUUCAGGGUCAGGUUUCAACAGCUCUAGGGGACACACCCUCCUCCACGAGUGAACCCACGGUCUCGCUGCCCCCCCAGUCUGAUGUGUACCGGAUGCUCCAUGACAACCGGGAUGAACCGAGUCAGCCUCGCCAGUCCGGCUCCUUCAGGGUGCUCCAGGAGCUAGUGAACGAUGGCCCAGAUGACCGCCCUGCGGGAACUCGGAGCGUGAGGGCUCCCGUCACAAAGGCCCAUGGCGCGGCCAGCAGCGCACAGAAGAUGCCCCUCUGUGACAAGUGUGGGAGUGGCAUCAUGGGUGCUGUGGUGAAGGCGAGGGAUAAGUACCGCCACCCCGAAUGCUUCGUGUGCGCCGACUGUAACCUCAACCUCAAGCAAAAAGGCUACUUCUUCGUGGAGGGGGAGCUAUACUGUGAGACUCACGCGAGAGCCCGCACAAGGCCCCCGGAGGGCUAUGACAUGGUCACUCUGUACCCCAAAGCUUAAGUCUCGGCAGAAGGGAGCAUGCACGCAUUCACCCGCCACACGCAUUUCACAGGAAGACAGUCGUGGCUUUGGGCAGAAGUAGAGCAAACAGUUGACUCAAAAUCAAAAGUCAAGGCUUUAGAUAUUUAUCUUACUAUGUGCUGAGCAAAAGGAAUGGGCGGGAAAGGGCCGCUUUGUUUUGCCAUUCUUCUCUCUUCGGGAGUAACAAUAAUGUAAUGACAUUUGAAGCAAUAUUGUUUUGUAUGUCAGACUCCACAACUUUCAUUUUAUUGUAACUAUCAAACAUGUAAGCAUCAAGAUUUCUGGGGGAGUCUAAUGAUCUUAAGUUGAUUUUAAAAUUAUAGUAUAUACCAAAUGACAAUCUUGUAGUCUAACACAACCUGCAGUUGUCGUUUUCUGUCUGAGCAAGUACAGGGCCUGUCAGGGAGAUUUCUCUAGUUUCAUGUUCAAACCUUACAGCCCUGGACACAGAGUACAUAAUACACACAUGCCGCGUUUUUAAAGAAUGCAAUGAUUCCGAUAAAAUCGUCGUUUCCACGAGAGUCCCCAGUCUUUUCUUGAGGUGUACAUGAUCGCCUCAGGUGUCCAGAAUAAUGCGGCUGUUUUAAUUGCAGCCACUCAUUUACUCUUUCUUCAAGCCCACAAUUUCCACUGUUGGGAGAUUUGCUGAUUUCCACUUACUGGUUAAAGGCAAGUCCAUCUUUCCCCGCUUUAAACAUUUAUUUUGCUUGGAAAUAUCUUUUAAUUUAAAUGGCCUUUCACAUAAACCUUCAGUUACAUUCAGGUUUCAGAUCCAUCAGACUUCUUUGUGCACAAAAGCUCCUCCAUCCCAGGGCAGCAUCCCCAAAGGCAAUAGUUUAGGGGGCCUCUAGUGGGAUGGGAGGAGGGGUUGCCAGUCUCAUUGAGUUCCUGCUUCUGUUCGCUUGUGGUCUGUUUUCUCAACACAUUUGGGGCCAGUCAGCCACCCCAACUCCAGCAUCACCUCCAACAAUCUCAGCUCAGCCAUCCCUGGCGUCAUGGUCCGUUGCCUCGCAGACAUGAACCCCAGGGGGCCCUGGUUCUCACUGUGUUUACUGUUGGCUAAUGCGCUUCCAUGCAGCAACUACUCAUUGGAGACCCCAGGAACUUCUGACCUUCUACCCUUAAGUAGAAACCCUGGCAGCAGCAGGGUGGGGAGGUAGGGACUGUCUCGGCCUCUGUCUCCCCUCUCAGGCAGGCAUAUGUAUCCCUCUGGGCUGUCACCUGUCGGCCUAGAGGAUUCCCCUACACUCCCAAGCGGAAAAGGGGCACCCAUUGUAUUGCUCUGGGAUUCUCCCAGAUUUAAUUGUCUCUGAUCCUGACCUGUCUAGGGUUUUGAUCCAGUGAAAGGAGUUAAAACACCUAUUUAUUAAUUCUGAGGCCCCUGAGCAUUAGAUUGCAAUUGCAACCCUUGCACCAAAACAAACGCAUUACAGAAGAGUGCAAAAUAAACUCUGUGAUCAAAGAA